AAAGGAAAUUCCAAAGGCACUUGAGAAAUUGAUACAUUUAAAAUACCUUAAUCUAUCACAUUGUCAUGGAUUGAGGGAAUUGCCGGAAGCAAUUUGUGAUUUGUAUAAUUUACAAACCUUAAAUAUUCGUGGAUGUGAUUCACUUGUGCAACUACCACAAGCAAUGGGUAAACUUAUUAAUCUGAGGCAUCUGCAAAAUUUUCUAACUAUUCUUCUAAAGGGCUUGCCAAAAGGAAUUUCAAGAUUAAACUCUCUUCAAACAUUGGAGAAAUUCACUGUAAGCAGUGAUGGUCACAAUGAAUGCAAUAUAGGAGAUUUGGGAAACUUGAGCAACCUUAGAGGGGAGCUUGAAAUAAGAGGGUUGCAGAAUGUGGAAAAUGCAAGGGAGGCACGAGAGGCAAAUUUGAAGAAUAAGAUACACAUUCAUCAUUUGACAUUGGUAUUUGAUCCACAGGAGGGGACGAACUAUUUGGUUGGAGCUCCACGAUCCCAUUCGACAAAUUUAUUACCUGAAGUAAAGGAGGGGCCGAAGAGUGUGGUUGAAGCUCUACAACCCCAUCCAAACUUGAAAUCUCUAUGUAUACGGGGUUAUGGUGAUACAGAAUGGCCUGGUUGGAUGAUGAGGUCAUCAUUAACCCAACUGAAAAAUCUUGAACUCUCAUAUUGCAGUGGUUGUCUGUGUAUGCCUCCCUUAGGGGAACUUCCUGUCCUCGAGACGCUAGAAAUCAAGGGUGUGGAAAGAGUGAAACACAUUGGUGGCGAGUUUUUGGGAUCAUCAUCAACAAUUGCAUUCCCAAAGCUGAAGAAACUGACUUUUCGUAAUAUGAAAGAGUGGGAAAAGUGGGAAGUAAUAGAAGAAGAAAAGAGGUUAAUAAUGUCGUGUCUUAGUUACUUGGGAAUCCACAAAUGCCCAAAACUGGAGGGACUGCCUGAACGUGUCCUCCAAAGGACGCCAUUGCAGGAAUUAAUCAUCACAAAAUCUGGUACUCUCCAACAGCGUACCAACAGGAUAUUGGAGAGGAUGGACAAAAAGUAUCUCAUCUCCCAAUAGUCAAAUAUGGAGGGGAAUGAAGAUCGGUCAUUAGACUUCCCUCUGGCUGCUCAUGUUACAGUGUGCAUGCCUGAAACCAUCUACUAAGAGGUCAUGCUUGGAUUUAUGGUAUUGAGAAGCAAAUUUUCUAGAACCAGACCAACUCUACCAUCUCCGCUGGAUUUUCUGCUCAAUAAAUAUAAAAUUAAUGGUGAUAUAUGUGUGUACAAUAAAACUAUUUUCAUAAUUGAUUGUAAUAAAUGCUUUAUGUAAUCCUCUACGGUUGUCUAGAAAUUUGAAGUUUUUCCCUUUAUCUUGCAUCUUUGUUUCAUCGUAUGUAAUCUUCUAUGGUUGUCUAGAAAUUUGAAGUUUUUCCCUUUA